UGUCACGUUGUAGUGCUUGUGAGAUGGUCCGACACGACACGGCUGUCCUUGCGGCGAAUGUUGUUCUUGAUCCGUGCGCUGGUCAGCGCUGCUCGAUACGACGGCUCGGUAAACGCACCAAAUACCACACGCACUUUGGUUCCAGGUUUGUCUUUGUUCUUGUCCACCAGCUCACAGUGACCAAACUCUUCGGUUUCCAGCAAGAACUGACUUUCACCCAACUCAACCACACCCUUGAACGGAAGGCCAACGCCGUGACCACCAGUAGCGUCCCGCUUGUGGGAACGCUGGUUGAGCUCCUCACUCGAUUCCUCUUCGGUCGGCAGGGGAGGGCCGCCAGAGACCUGUUCCACCUCCUUGAUCUGUUGGACAGCAUUGCUUGGACCAUCGAGAAAGAGGACGUUGCAGCUCAAUGUUUGGACAGCGGGGAAGACUUUCGAGCGAGCCCCCACUAUCACCCAGCCAAAGUUUGUCUCCCGCAGCUCCGGAAAUCCAACACCAAGUUUGCGUUUGCCAUUCUUCAUGGCACUCCAGAAGUGUUUGGCCCCCAGGAGGAUGUCCACCUCCCCAGGGAUGUAGAACGAGGGAUCCGCCAGUUGAAUCCCGGAAGGAAGUUCCCAGCUGGAAACGUCCUCCAACACGGUUGGUAGAUUGCUGGUUACCUCUUCCAUGACCAGGCAAUCCACAGAG